GCCUCUCUUUCUCUCCUGGAGGCUCGCUCUCAAUGGUGGUGUGACGGGGGCGGGGGUGGCGGCGCGUCCUCCUAAACUGGUAGACCACCGACCAGCAAACCCUAGCCAGAAGGGCAUUCGGUCCGGGGGACUGGUGGGGGUUGGGAGAGGGAUUUGACAUGUCUCUCGAAGACCCUUUUUUUGUAGUCCGAGGCGAGGUGCAAAAGGCGGUGAACACGGCCCGCGGUCUAUACCAGCGCUGGUGCGAGCUCCUACAGGAGAGCGCGGCUGUGGGACGCGAGGAACUAGACUGGACGACCAAUGAGCUGCGGAAUGGCCUGCGCAGCAUUGAGUGGGACCUCGAGGAUCUGGAAGAGACCAUCGGGAUAGUGGAAUCCAAUCCAGGCAAGUUUAAGCUCCCAGCUGGAGACCUGCAGGAGAGAAAGGAGUUUGUGGAGAGGAUGCGGGAGACGGUCCAGGAAAUGAAGGACCGUAUGGUCAGCCCAACAGCCAUAGCCUUCAUGGAGAGGAAUAACAGAGAGAUGCUGGCAGCUAAGCCAGCUGCCCAGAAGUCACCCAGUGACCUGCUAGAUGCCAGCGCAGUCUCAGCCACCUCUCGCUACAUUGAGGAACAGCAGGCCAUGCAGCAGCUAAUCAUAGACCAACAGGAUCAACAGCUGGAAAUGGUGUCUGGAAGCAUCCGGGUUCUGAAACACAUGUCUGGCCGUGUUGGGGAGGAAUUGGACGAGCAGGGCAUCAUGCUCGAUGCCUUUGCUCAUGAGAUGGACAACACUCAAUCCCAGAUGGAUGGGGUCCUCAGGAAGAUGGCCAAAGUUUCUCACAUGACAAGUGACCGGCGACAAUGGUGUGCCAUCGUGGUGCUACUUGGGGUUCUUCUCGUGGUUUUAAUCCUACUCUUCUCUCUCUGACCCCAGCCCACCCUGAGGGACUGGUCCCUCAUGCCAGGGUAGCUGUCACACUUUCAAGCUGGCCCUGCCUCCUGGGAGGAGAUGAUCCCCCCUAGGGGCCAACCCUCUCAUUCAGAGCUAGUGAGACCUUCAGGGCCUUGGGCUAAAAGCCCUGCCCCAGUCCUAUCUCAAGUGCGCUUAGGGGGUGGAAGAGGUAGGGAGACCUCA